CACUCAUUUUGGUUGGGGCAGUUUUCCACUGUUUGGCUCUCUGCUUGUGCUGUGACUAUUCCUCAUUUGAAACCACAGAAGACAUCCUUUUUACAAGAGAGUAGCGUGUUUUUGUCAGAGAAUAUUUUGUCAGGGCACUAACAGCAUCAGAAGACUUUUGGUCUAAGUCAUGGGGAUAUUCGAUGUAUUUCUCGAGACCUCCAGUUCUCUCUCCAUGUUGGGGGCUCUGGUGGUCCUGCUGCUCAUCUACCUUGUCUUCUCCUCCAGCCUCAGCUUCCAGAAUGAUGGGAAUGAACCUCCAGGACCUAGACCACUUCCUGUGCUUGGUAACCUGUUGCAGCUGGACCUCAAGAGACCCUACAGCACAUUACUGAAGUUAUCAAAGAAGUAUGGAUCAGUGUUCACCAUCUAUUUGGGACCAAAGAAAGUGGUGGUCCUGGCAGGAUACAAGACAGUGAAGGAGGCACUUGUCAACUAUGGUGAAGAGUUUGGAGACAGAGACCCGAUGUUUAUUAUGGCAGAAGUUAGUCAAGGACACGGUGUUUUAUGGUCCAAUGGGGAUUCUUGGAAAGAAAUGAGGCGCUUUGCUUUGACCAACCUGAGGGAUUAUGGGAUGGGUAAAAAAGCGUGUGAGGACAAAAUCAUUGAGGAGAGUCACUACCUCACUGAUGUGUUUAAGAAAUUCAAAGGAGAAGCCUUUGAUACAACCCAACCAGUGAACUAUGCAGUCUCUAAUAUUAUCUGCUCCAUGGUCUAUGGCAGUAGAUUUGAAUAUGAUGAUCCAAAGUUUACAUCUCUGGUAGAUCGAACAAACAAAAACAUCCAAAUUGUGGGCUCUCCAUCAAUACAGAUAUACAACCUGUUCCCGUGGAUCGGUAGAUGGGUCGCUAACAGGAAGGAAUUCCACAAACUGGCUGAUGCCAAUAAGAAACAGAACUUAGAGCUGUUCAGACGUCUGAAAGAGACCCUCAAUCCACACAUGUGCAGAGGAUUUGUGGACGCCUUUCUGGUCCGAAAGCAACAUGCGGAGAAAUCUGAGAUUACCAACAGUCACUUCCAUAGUGAGAACCUUCUGAUGACAGUUAUUCAUUUGUUUGGUGCUGGCACUGAUACAACUGCCACUACACUCAGAUGGGCACUCCUGUUUAUGACUAAAUAUCCAACAAUACAAGACCAGGUCCAGGAGGAGCUGAGCAGGGUGAUAGGAAGUCGUCAGGUGCAGGUUGAAGACAGGAAGAACCUGCCCUUCACUGAUGCUGUCAUCCAUGAGACACAGAGACUGGCCAACAUCCUCCCCAUGGCCCUGCCUCAUAAAACGAGCAAAGACGUCACCUUCCAGGGUCACUUCAUUAAGAAGGGGACCACAGUGUAUCCUCUCCUGACCUCUGUCCUGUACGAUGAGAGUGAGUGGGAGAGACCUCACUCCUUUUAUCCUGCUCACUUCCUGGACAAAGAUGGAAAGUUUGUCAAGCGAGACGCCUUCAUGCCUUUCUCUGCAGGUCGCAGGGUUUGUCUCGGAGAGAGUCUGGCCAGGAUGGAGCUCUUCAUCUUCUUCACCACCCUCCUGCAGCACUUUCGUUUCUCUCCUCCACCUGGAGUUUCAGAGGAUGAACUGGAUCCGACUCCACGUGUGGGCUUCACCCUCAACCCUUCACCUCAUAAACUGUGUGCUGUCUCUCAUAUGUGAGCGGCAGGGUCUGAAAAUACUGCUUAUAUUCAAGACAGGAGACGUUCAUUUCUUAAUCAGCUACUUUGUAGAAGUUAUCAGAAAAUUAAAUGUAACUGUUACAUCAUGAAAAUGUGAUGAUUUGAUGUACUGUAAUUUCCGGACUAUUGAGCACACCUGAAUAUAAGCUGCACCCACUAAAUUUAAAAAGAAAAAAAAAGUACAUAUACAGGCCGCACUUGUCUAUAAGCCGCAGGUGUCUACGUUGUAACAUGAGAUAUUUACACAUUCACGCUGCCGUCUCCAACGUCUCACCAUCGAUUCAUUGAUCCAAGCUUACAUGCAGCAGCUCUAUUUCCUUCUUCGACAGCCAGAUCGAUUGUCUUUAACUUAAAAGCUGCAUCAUAUGCAUUUCUUAGUGUGUUUUCCAUGAGGGUGUGUGCAUUAAGCGCAAAAUGACUGAUCUGAAGAAUUUAGUGUGAGUGCAUUUGAUCUAAUUCGAACAGUUUCAUUGGUCCACUGUGACCUGUUCGGUAAUUUCAUUGGUCUGAUGUGACGAGGCUAAAUGUUUUGCCAGCAUGAAGUUCGUCAGCCUGUAAAAAUCUAUAAAUUAGCCGUAUCAUUGUUUAAGCCGCAAGGUUCAAAGCGUGUGAAAAAAGUAGCGGCUUAUAGUCCAGAAAUUACGGUAUAUGUUCAUAAUUACAGCUGUGUACUUCCUAAUAAUCUUACAGUCUAACCUUAACUUGUGAACAACCCAACCCUUCCACCUUCAGCUGCAAAUCAACUGCAUGUUAGAGGUCAUGAUUUGAUGAGGCCUGCAGAAAUGCAUCAUUCACAAAUAAAAGAGGUAAUCUUGAAAUCAGACUAGCACAUUGCACAGAAAUUCCCAUGAGCCCUCAAAGCUGGCCCAUCAGUAAAGUAAUCUGCAUUUCUGUUCCUGAAUAUGAGAUCCGACAAUGAGCUGGAGCCUCCAUUUACACACUGUGACUGAACACUGUGACUCCACAACAAGAUCUGGGGUGGUGGUUAAAAACAGUUCUAUGGUCUUAAACUCUGUUACUUUGUUUAAUAAAUUCUAUUUUUAUAUGAA